AGUAAAGCGUCAGCAGUAAAACGGCUCUCUCGGUUCUGAGCUUCAUUCAGACAGACCGUCACACAUCCAGUGUUCUCCUUAAAGUGCUCUGAAAACUACUCAACACAAUGCCUGGACCUGCAGCUAGCGCAUCCACUGUUGGCGCUUCUGGACGCUCCCCCAGUAAGACAGUUGCCCCCAGAGCAGCUGGAUCAACAGUCAGACAGAGGAAAGCAACCAGUGGUGGUGCACGGUCUGCAGGCAGAGCUACAGCAUCAGCAGGCACAGGUGGCAUGUGGCGCUUUUACACUGAGGACUCACCAGGACUCAAAGUUGGACCAGUUCCAGUCCUCGUAAUGAGUCUGCUUUUCAUCGCAUCCGUCUUCAUGCUGCACAUAUGGGGAAAGUACACCCGCUCCUAAACCCUGGUGACCUUUGAACUCUGGCCUUCAAACCCAUCAGCUAUUCUCACUUAAGCCAUUGGACUUGGACCAAACUCUGACCCUAAACAUCAAACCCUAAACAUCAAACCCUGUUUAUUCAUGUUCAUUUCAGAAGGAUCACACUUUGCUCAGCCCAACUGCAUUUUUUUUUUUUUUUGGAAUCUGAAACAGGAUGUGCAUUUUUUUGUUAAACUUUGUACAAACUCUGUUUAUGUUGAUAUUGUACAAUAAACACUAUAUCAUGUUGCUUAUUAA